UGUUCCUCAGGAAACGAGGGAAGAUCGAGACAGGACACGGCUGGACUCCAUGGUGCUGCUAAUUAUGAAACUGGACCAACUAGACCAAGACAUCGAGAACGCUCUCAGCACUGCCUCCUCUCCAUCCAGCACCCCAACGAACCUGCGGCGGCAUGUCCCUGAUCUGGAAUCAGGAUCUGAAAGCGGAACAGAGAGUACCACAGUAAAUCAGACACAGGUGAAUCUGUCUUCAGAGUCCACCGAUCCAUCGUCCACUCCAGCGAGCAAUUCUGGAACCAAACCCAAAGCCAUGGUAAGUUGUACACAAUCCCAGACUCAACAGUCAGUGUUGCCAAACAUGAGGUAAGUGUUGAUAGCCUUCUAUCCAGCAUGGAAAGAAGAC